AUGGCCGAGGGAGGGGCCCCCAGGGGGCCCCCCAAGCUGCUGCUGCAGCGCGUGGGGCUGCAGGGCCUCAAGGCCGGUUUGCUGCAGGCGCAGACACGGGGGGCCCCCGCGCUGUGUCUUUCUUACGGGAAGGAGCUGCUGGACAGAUUUGCUGCUGCUCUCAAAGAUGAAGUAUAUGCUGUUUACGAGACUGUCUACCUCGCGGCCUUGACCCUUAACGAGCCAGCUGUUUAUGAGCGGUGCUACAACGCGCUGGUUGCCCGCUGGGGCAGCAGCAGCAAACGGCUGCGGGGGCUGCUGAUGCUGCAGCAGGAAGCAGCAGGAAAGCACCAGCAGGCAAUUCGGCUGCUGGCAGAUUAUCUGCAGCAGCACCACGGAGAUGUGGGGGCCAGAAGAAGAGUCGUGGCCACCUACAGAAUCCAGGGGUCGCAGGACAUCGUGCUGCAGCAGCAGCAGCAGAAGCAGCAGCAGAGCGGCUCGAAGCAGCAGCAGCAGCAGCAGCAGCGGCAGCGGCAGCAGCGCAAACGCCCCGAAGACUUGGAAGCACAAGAGGCCCUCAAAUCUGCUGCUACUCUUUUGGCUCUGGGCCUGGAAGCAGCAAAACGUCUUGACAAGAUGUACGAGCAGCAGCUGCAGCAGAGCCGCUCGGGAGUCCGCGCGCAGCAGCAGCAGCAGCGGCCUCGGCGCCUGCAGACGCAGCAGCUGCAGCCGACUCGCAGCAGCGGGCACAUGGAGGCAGCAGACGGGCUGCUGCUGCAGCAGCAGCAGCCGCUGCUGCUGCAGCAGCAGCAGCCCCCAGAAGUGUUCCCUGUGGGCGCUGCAGGCCCCCGUGAAGGCGCAGCAGCUGCAGCUGCUGCAGCAGCAGUUGUGGCGGCGGCAGUGGAGGCAGCAGGCGCCACCGCCGUCGCAGCAGCAGCAGCAGCAGCACCGUCAGCAGCAGCAGCAGCAGCAGCAGCACCGUCAGCAGCAGGCGAAGAGCUGAAGCGCGAGGCGGGGCCAGGCCCCCAAGGAGGGGCCCCCAGCAGCAGCAAAGCUGCAGCAGCAGCAGCAGCACUCUUUGCCCUCAGCGAGGAAGACCUCAGGAAGACAUACACCCGCAUUCGCCGUGCUGCUGCUGCACUGCAGCAGGAGCUGCAGGAGCAGCAGCAGCUGCUGCUGCAGCACGUGCGCCGCCGCAGGGCCCUCGACUUAGAGAUCGCCGAGCUCAAGAGCCGCGCCAGCGCCCUCCCCAGCAGCAGCAGCAGCAGCAGCAGCAGCAGCAGCAGCAGCAGCAGCAGCAGCAGCAGCAGCAGCAGCAGAGCAGCAGCAGCAGCAGCAGCAGCAGCAGCAGCAGCAGCAGCAGCAGCAGCAGCAGCAGCAGCAGCAGCAGCAAUGAAGAACAAGUUCCCAGAUUUCUCAAAGAAGACCCUCUUGCUGCAGUCCCUGCUAUGA